AUGAUUAUUAAGGAUGAAGCGGUUGAAAGGAAACCCACCGAUAUUUAUCACUGCGGUUUCGCUCGUUUUGUUGAAGAGAGAAAGCGUGAAAGUGCCUAAAAGUGUUUCAGAGCUUUAGCGUUUGGCGUCUCUGCAACCUGUUGCUUAUUUUCCUCUCACAGCGCAUCUUUUAUUUAUUUUGUUUGUUUUGUUUCGUGCAAUUAGCAAGGAAACCGCAACCGAUUCCAGUAAUUGGGAUGAAAAUGGUUCAAGACGUAAUGAGAGUGUGGGGAGACAGUACACAUAAUCCUCUUAAAAGACUUCAGGUAUUAGGUAUUAUGCUGAUCCACGGUGAAGAGCUGUCCUGCGGUGCGUCCUGAUUGACCUGAGCUGCUGCGCCCAGCAUGCUCGCCUGUCCGCCGGAGCUCCGUGUGCAGCCCAGCUGUGUGGCCAGCAGCCUUCAGCGCCUCGGCUUCUGCAGCAGCACCGGAAGAGGCCAGGAGAGGAAUCCUCUAGCACUGAGAGAAUGAGAUGUUUCACUCUGUGAGAGGGCACUGUACACCCCAUCAUCAUUUGGGGGGAAUCUCCAGACGUGUCGGGUUGUGUUGCCCAAACAAGCGACUUGGUGUCAUUUAGGAAGCAAAGUGGAAAAUGUACCUGACUCGGAGAAAGAGGCUUCAGCUGAGCCGGAUUAUAUUUCUCUUGUCUGGUGUUUUGCUUUGUUGUAUAUACCAGCUUACCAUUAGGACCAGGCUGCCAGAACCCUGGGCAGAGCCUCAAGUUGGAGAACAACCAGAGGAUGGCCCAGAGGGUGGUUUGGAGAAGGCUACUCAAGGACUGCUGGAAAAACCUGAAACAACGGUUAAGCUGAGCACCACUGCUGUGGAGUUGGAGGUCACAACUCAUACAGAUGUGGUGCAUUCAGAAGAGACACCUGCAACCACCAUGGCCCCUCCUAAAGCAGAGACAACAGAGACAACAGAGUUGACCACCCUAACCACCACAAACAGGACAAUCAUCCACUGCAUCUAUGUAGAUCCAGACCUUCCAAAGCCCACUCCAGCUCCCACACCAGCACCUGAAACCACUACACCUACACAACCAACCACAGCUGCCAGCCCUGCAAAGCCACCUCACAUGAAGGGUGAAUACCCUGAGGACAUCUUCUCCGUCGAUGAAAGGCGGAGAGGCUGGGUGGUUCUGCACAUCUUUGGGAUGAUAUACAUGUUCGUUUCUUUGGCUAUUGUAUGUGACGAGUUUUUUGUCCCUACUCUCGGAGUCAUCACAGACAAACUGGAGAUUUCGGAUGACGUUGCUGGGGCGACGUUCAUGGCUGCUGGAGGCUCUGCCCCUGAACUCUUUACCUCGUUGAUCGGUGUCUUUAUCUCACACAGUAAUGUGGGUAUUGGGACCAUUGUGGGCUCAGCUGUCUUUAACAUCUUGUUUGUGAUAGGAAUGUGCGCCCUUUUCUCUCGGGAGAUGCUUUACCUCACCUGGUGGCCUCUCUUCCGGGAUGUGUCGUUCUACAUCUUAGACCUUAUCAUGCUCAUCAUCUUCUUCCUGGACAAUACCAUCAUGUGGUGGGAGAGCAUAAUGUUGGUGGGGGGCUAUGCCACGUACGUCUACUUCAUGAAAUACAACGUACAGAUCGAACGUGCAUUCAAGGCCCAGCUGCACAAGCACAAGAACAUCGUCAAAGUCAUCGCAGUGGAGGAGCCUGAGAAGGAAAAUGGGACAUCAACUGAUGACAACGCCCCCCCUGAACCUCCUGAGGACAAGAAUCGAUUAAAGCUAAAGCCCACACUCCAACGAGGGGGCAGUUCAGCCUCUUUGCAUAACAGCACCAUGAGAAACACAAUUUUCCAGCUGAUGAUUCACACACUGGAUCCUCUGGGAGAGGUGAAGUUUAAAGACAAGGCUCAGAUUUUGAACAACAUGGCCAGGGGGAAGGUAGAGGGCAAAGAGAAGGAAAAAGGCACAGGUGAAGAUGGUAAAGAGCAGCCCAAAGAUUCCAAAGAGCCUGCAGCAUCCAAGGAGGAGGGCAGCAAAGACAAGGCAGAGGGACAGAAGGAUGAGCCAGAGGCAGCAGCAGAAAAAGGGGACACGGAGGCGUCAGGAGGGUCUGACGACAGUGAGGAGGAUGACAGUGAUGAAGACAGUGAUGAGGAUAGUGAUGAUGAUGAUGAUGAUGAUAACGAAGAGGAUGAAGCAGAUGAAGAUGAUGGUGGGGAGGCAGACGGUGAAGAGAACGAUGAGCCGCUGUCCUUAGAGUGGCCAGACACCAGACGCAAACAAGCCACCUAUCUGUUCCUGCUGCCUAUUGUUUUCCCUCUGUGGCUGACCGUACCGGACGUCAGAAACCCUGCAUCCAAGAAGUUCUUUGUGAUUACCUUCCUGGGCUCCAUAAUGUGGAUUGCUAUAUUCUCCUAUCUAAUGGUGUGGUGGGCGCAUCAGGUGGGUGAGACCAUUGGCAUUUCAGAAGAGAUAAUGGGUCUCACCAUUCUGGCAGCUGGCACGUCCAUCCCUGAUCUAAUCACCAGUGUGAUCGUGGCUCGUAAAGGCCUGGGGGACAUGGCUGUUUCCAGCUCUGUAGGCAGCAACAUCUUUGACAUCACUGUAGGGCUGCCAGUGCCCUGGCUCAUGUAUGCGUCCUUCCACGGGCUGGAACCUGUGGCUGUCAGCAGCAAUGGGCUCUUCUGUGCUAUUGUGUUGCUCUUCCUCAUGCUUCUGUUUGUCAUCAUCUCCAUCGCUGUCUGUAAGUGGAGGAUGAAUAAAAUGCUGGGCUUCACCAUGUUCAUGCUUUACUUUGUGUUCCUGGUGCUCAGUGUCAUGCUGGAGGACCGUAUCAUUGUGUGCCCAGUGUCUAUCUGACCAGCAGCUUUACUUGACUAUCAGCGUCCACUCACGCAUGUGGCAGACACUCCUGGACGCACCCUGUCAUUUGUGAUUAAUAUUCUGUAAGGCUGUAUUUGAGUACCUCGAGCCAGAGGGCAACUGUGUAAACUUUGCUGAUGGAUUCAGAGGUGAAGCUGAAAUGUAUCCUCCCGGAAUCAAUUUAUACAGCUAAUGUAACUCCACUGUGUAUUACUCAACAUGUAGUUAUCUUAUGUGUUUAUGUAGUAGCUGGUCGGAGCAUUGCGGUCAACCUUUAAUGCCAUCUGAUGUUCUGGACACCAUUUUCACUGCAUCAUAUUUGUGAAGUAUUCUGUAACAUGAAACACAUUAUCUUGAUGUGUGUGUGUGUAUAUAUAUAUAAUGGUUGAAUCCACCAGCUUACAGUGAAAUUUGGAAUAUGCACACACACACACACACGCGCGCACACACACACACACUAUCUAGGCCACUUAUCCUUCUGGACCGUGGGGGCUGCUGCAGCCUAUUCCAGCUGCCAUCGGGCAGAAGAAAACACCCUGGACAGGUCACCAGUCCAUCGCAGACACAUAGACAUAUACAAUCACACACACAUUGGAAAUCUACUAGUAAUUAUUAAAAUUUCCAAAUUAAAUCA